AUGGAGGCGGUGAGGGAGGGCAGGCUGCCAAGUCCUCCCCGGGGAGCCCUGGCCUGGUGCCUGCUGGUCCUGCUGUCCGCGGGGCGCGGUGUCCUGGGGGUGCCGGUGCUGUCGGGGUUCCAGAGAUGCCUGCAGGCCCUGAACGUGUCGGUGCUGGGGGCGCUGCCAGGGGCCGGCUGGGACAACCUGCGGAACCUGGAGCUGGACCUGGUGCUGCGACGCGACUACUCGCGGUGCCAGACCACGGAGGAUGGCGAGUACCUGAUCCCCGACGGCGUGCGCGUGGUGCCGCAGCGGGAGAGCGUGGCCGAGACCUACGCCGAGGUCCUGGACCAGUGGCUCAACUACACCGACACCUGGUCGGCCUCCAUCAACGCCGAGGUCUCCUACCUGUCCAUCCUCAAUGGCCAGUUCUCCACCGACUGCCAGAAGGCCAAGAGCUACAGCCUGGAGCACCAGACGGUCACCACCCGGGUGCAGGUGCGCCACCGCGUCUAUUUGGUCAAGGCGUACGACAUUCCUAACUUUCAACCCGGCUUCCGACGACACCUGCUGUCCCUGAGCGACCACCUGGAGAACAACCAGACCCUGGAGGCUCAGUACCUGGCUGACAUGCUGGUGUUAAACUACGGCACGCACGUCCUCACCGACGUGGAGGCGGGGGCCACCUUGGUGCAGGAGGACCAGGUGAAGCGGGAGCUGCUGGAGAAGCAGCAGAAGUUGCAUAACGCCGUGACCUUGGCGGCCUCCGCCACCUUCCGGAAGUCGCUCAGUGUCAGCGUGGGCUUCUCCUGGAAAGACGAGAGCGACAUGGUCAACGCAUACCAGAGCAACACGGUGGCCUCCAAGAUGCGCAGCCACGGCGGCGCGCCCUACUACCCGGGCAUGACCUUGCAGAAGUGGCAGGAGGGCAUCGGCAACCGGCUGGUGGCCAUCAGCAGAACCGGGAAGCCUCUGCAGUCUCUGCUCCUGCCGGAGGCGCUGCCCGAGCUGCCCGCACCCGCCGUGCACCGCCUGGCAGCCGCGGUGGACAGCGCCGUCUACCGGUACUACUCCAUCAAUGCGCACCCGGGCUGCCGGGAACGCGGCUCGCCCGCCUUCAACCCCGGUGCCAACGUGGACGAUGGUUCGUGCAGCAACAUGUCCACCAGCAACUUCACUUUCGGGGGCGUCUUCCAGAAGUGCCAGCCUUUUUCCGGGCAGGAUGCUUUCAGCCUCUGCGAGACCUACAGCACUAUGAAUCCCCUUACCGGGAACUUCACCUGCCCCGCCGGCUACAAAACCAUCCCCCUGCACAAUGUGAGUAAGAGCGAGACCAGGAACCACCAGGUGUGCCAGCCACACUGCCGUCGCUGCUGGCUCUUUUUCAAAUGCUGCGAGGACGUGUGUGGCAUGAAAGAGAUACUCAGCACCGUGGUCCUCACCAGCGCCUGGUGCGCUCCCAUCCGGGCAUCCUCCCAGACCCUUUCUGGCUUCCUCUUUGGAGGCCUCUACAGCCCCGGAAACCCCAACCCGCUCACAGGGUCCCAGUCCUGUCCCUCCAACUUCCACUCACUGACCAUUCUGGGGGACCUCAAGGUGUGUGCCAGCAUGGACCUGGAGCUCAGCUCGUCCCAGGCAGUUUCGUUUGGGGGUUUCUUCAGCUGCCAGGUGGGCAACCCCAUGGCUGAGCCCCUACAGAGCCAGGGGGCUGAGUUCCUGCAGGGGCUGCUGCACAACGCCAGCCCCAUGAGCUUCCCCAUGAAGUGUCCCCCAGGGUACAGCCAACACCAGGCUUUCCUUGCCGCUGGCUGCCAGAUCCUCUACUGUCUCAAGACUGGAGUGCUCCUAAACCUGAAACAACUGCCCAUCCAGCUGCCCCCAUUUCUGCCUCGGCCUCCCUUGCUCAACAACAGUCUCCAAAAGUUCCCUGUGCUGAUCGCCUCCAGUGGUGAGCAAGCCUGGGUGAGGGUACAGGGCUCUGACCACUGGCAGCAGGCCAGCAUAGAUGACUUGCAGCUGUCUUCCAAGGGCGCAGUGUUGGAAGAGUCCAAGAGGAGCUUGGGAACCACUGUUGGCAUCUCCUUGGGCACAAUCGCUGUGGUGAUGGUGAUCACUCUGGGGGUAUUCUAUGCCACCAGGCACCGCAGUAAAUGGCCAUUCAGGACCCUCCAAAAUGACAACCUAACAGAUAAACAGGGGAACUGUGAGAUCAGUAAAACAACUGUGGACAUUCCUGAGCCUGAAAACAUUAACAGGUACAACAAAGUCAUCCAAAACUCAAAGACAGAGAAACCCUACAUCCCACCAAGGAUAUCACCAAGAUAA